AUGACGGAUGUCACAGAGCGCCAGAUCGUGAAAGAGGAUCGCCCCGAAAGCCACGAGCAGCGAUCAAUAAAGGCACCUGCCGUGUUCAAUACCGCAGUGAAGGUAGAAGAGGGCUAUCGGUCACAGGAACACUCGGACGACAUAAUCAGACAAGCACAAGAUAUCGCGAUCGGCGAUGAUCACCCAUUCGGAGACGAUCAAGAGCUCUAA